CUUUCUAGUUUGCCUGUAUUUGAUGAUAGUGGCAGUAGAGAUACAGACAGGAAAUCCUCCUCAUUUCCUGUCUGUUAAAACGAGGCUCUUGGCUGUGAUCAACCCGAACGUCAAAGAUUAUUGCAUGGCUGUAGGUAGAUAGUAGUAAUGUAGAUUCUGAACAGCCAGAAACAGGCUAUCGUGCCAGUGUGUGACCAAAAUGUGUGUGUGAUAGAGCAGCAAUUUAACAACUGACACACUGGGGUGAAAUAUCUUCUGUGAUCUGGACUUGGAAUAGACUAAAUGGUUUCAACUGAAUCAGCUGGUGUCUUCUGUUGACACAGGAGUGUUUAUUUUAUUUUCAGUUUUCAAUGUUUUCACACAUGCAGUCAUACAAGAACUGCAGAUAUAAAUAGGAAAUCAGGGAAAUCAAAGAAUAUGUAAACAAGAUCUCACAAGGCAUUUAAUGCUAACUUUUAGUACUUGAUAGUUUUUGGUGCUGUGUGCACAUUUUGGUUGGUGCUCUAAAAGUAUUGAGGUUGGAUCCCCAGAUCUACCUGAGUGAUAAUAUGAAAAAGUGGUGAGUAUUGGAGGUAUGUAAAAAUUGUAUGUAUUGUGGGAGAAAAACCUUCAGCUUGGCCAGAUGUCUUCAGGUCCCCUCACACACUAGAUUUUAUUAAUAACAGAUUUUACUGUAAUAUCAAAACAAAGUACGUGUAAAACCGAGUUGGUUCAUGAAGCAACUGAACAGGCUCAGUUGUGCUUUCACUUAUAUUUUCAAAACAUGCUCCUCCUGGCUGGUUGUUGGGUUGUUCCCUAUUGGUCCAUAAUCAAAACAAUCUUUGACACUCUCUUCGACAAAACACAUCAAAGCCCACAGCUAUUGAUAUUACGUGUGUACAGAGAGCAUGCACAUUUUAUUCUCACAACUCUGUAUGUAUGUAUAUCCAUCAAAUGUAGACACUUUUUAUAAUCUACAGUAUAUUCUAAACUAUAUAAAAAUAAAGGCUUUGUUACAACACUACAUGCAUUAAUCAGGAAACAUCAAUCAAUCGAUCAAAGAGUGAGCUAAUUCAUGCAGUAGGAACACAGGGAAGGGGAAGGUCACUCUGCCCUGUGUGCUUCAAAGUGCAUGUACAAUUAGGAGUGCCAUUGCAUGGGAGAGGCAGAGAGCUUAGCAACACAACCUGAAUCAUUAUUGAACUUGAUUAUCUAUAUAUGUCUAUAUCAAGGAAAAUAUUUUCCACAGUAUAAAAACUGUUGUACAAGUAUUUUUGUGUGAUAUUUUUAACUGGUUACUGAGGAUGCUGUGCCUGAAACAAGAGAGGCUGCAAGGAAAGCAUAUUAGUAACACUGCUCAACUUUUCUGUUUAAAAAAAAGCUGCCACACACUGACUACCUUUGAGUCAUUUCUUACAUUACCUUCUUAAAGCACUCCCACACCACACUGCCACUGUUGCCCUUUCUUUGUCCCUCCCUUUUGAAAUCAAUUCAAAUAUUUUAGUCCCACCCAUCAUCUCCACUCUGACGUCAGAAACCACACAAACAUUACAAAGCUACAGUAUCACUUGAGUGGGAAAACGAAACCAAACCGGUAACAGCCCGUCCUUUCUCCACACAGACAUGGCAGAGCCUUGUAUCCCUGCGAAGAUGAAUCGCCUCUGCUGUCGAAUCUGCAGCCAGGUUCUCAGGAAUCCUGUGACCAUUCCCUGUGGGCACAACUUCUGCAUGCAGUGCAUCCAAGACCGCUUGAAUCAUGACCAGAGGAACAACUGUCCCUGCAGCUGUCGUGAGUGUAAUCAUAUGUUUCCCACCAGACCCCAGCUGAUCAAGAACACAACUCUAGCUUACUUGGUGAGGGACAAAGAGAGGUGUGAUGCCGGUGUGAAGAGGAAAUGGCAGCAUUCAGGAGCGUCCAUGAAUGCCCUCAAAAGACCCGAGAGCUGUACAGAAACAGGAACAACAGGAAGCGCUUUGUGUUGGAGGCACAGCAGCUCCCUGGAUGUUUACUGCUGCACUGAUGAGCAGAUCACAUGUGCACUGUGUGCUUCAGCUGAGCACAGGGGACACGCCACUGGAUCGGUGAGGGGGGAAAGAAGGAGAAAAGAGGAGGAGCUGAAGACCAUACAGACGAAAUCCAAGCAGAUUCUCCAGGAACAAGAAAAGAAAUGGAAGAACAUGGGCAAGACUCUCGAACAGAUCCAGGAGGAGGUGAGAAAAACACAGGACUACUGUGAGAGUGUCUUGGCCGGCGUCAUCGACUCCCUCCAGAGACAUUACCUGUCAGUGAGGGAGCUGAUCGGAGCUCAGGAGGAGGUGGCAGCGGCUCAGGUUCAGAUCUCCCUGCAGACCCUGCAGGUGAAGAUGGAGGAGAUGAGGGAGAGGAGUGCUGAGCUGGAUCAUCUGGCACAGACUGACAGCGAUAUAGAUUUCUUGGAGAGAUGGGCCUCUCUGCGGAGCCUCUGUGAAAAAGACCAUCUCCAUCCUUUCCAUGAGGUUUCAGAGGAUCCACUCCUCCCCUUUGAGGUCAUGAAGAGAGCUGUUGAACAGCUUGGGAGGCAACUGGAGGAAUUUUGUGACAAAGGAUUCGCCUCAAUCUCUCAAACUGCUGACAGUGGAGAGCAGCAGGAAUCAGGAGGAGAGACAGAGGAGGACGACACGCAGCAAAGAUGUGAAGCCAAUACCUCACAGUCCCAUGGUCUCCCUGAAGUAAACAACGCCGUGAUUGAACAGAAUGCGGAGCCUAAAACCAGAGCAGAGUUCCUGCAGUAUGCAUGUGGCCUCAGCCUGGACCCCGCCACAGCUCAUGAGGCCCUGGCUGUUUCUGAAGGAGACAAAGAGGUGAGACUGAGCCCUCACAAGUAUAUGAGCCCAGCUAGUCGUUGCCCGGAGAGGUUUGUCCACCGACGGCAGUUGCUGUGCAGGGAGGGACUGCAGGCUGAGCGCUGCUACUAUGAGAUAGAGGUGAAAGGAGGCAAGGCUGAGAUUGCCCUCGCCUACAAAGGAAUAGAUAGAAAAUCCCGCACUAGCCUGUCAGCUUUUGGGGCCAAUGCUAAGUCCUGGAGUCUUGAUUGCUCCACACACUACUCCGUGAGCCACAGAGCUGACAGCAUCCAGCUCACAACAUCUCCCAGUCAUCACAGGAUCGGUGUUUAUCUGAAGUUCAAAGAGGGAACUCUGUCAUUCUACGAGGUGUCAGACAGGAUGAAGUUUCUUUACAAGGUUGAAGCCAAAUUCACAGAGCCGCUGUACCCAGGCUUCUGGCUCGAAGAGAAAUGUUGCAUCAGGAUCUGUGAUUUGAGAUGGGACGGACUGUAAACCACCUGAGAGGUUUGUAGACAGCAGUGGGAAGUUAACAUUAGAAUUCUUGAGGUAUUUAUCACACAGGGCCAUGACUUAUUUUCCUCAUUUGUAGUCUUUUGAUUGUUUUCUGAAGCUUGGUUGUGUUCUACAUGUGGGGUUGCCCAACAUAAAGUAGCCCCCAAAAUAGUCUGCAUUACACAGUCGGCCCCUUUGACCCCUCUGGAGCCCCAAACUCGACAGACUGUUAGAUUUAUGAACAUCAAGGACAAAAUGACAUAUUUGUGUAUAAUAGACUGAAUUAGGUGAAGGAACAGAAAUACGGUGGACAGUAGAACCACUGAGCAACAUAACCAUCCUUACAAAAUACAAAAUCUUGUUAUGCUUUUUUAUUGUGAAAUAAUAUGAAUUUAAACAGUAUCUAAGUUUUGCCCCCUUGGAUUACCUCAAGGACCUUCGCAGGUGCCUGGACCAUAUUUUGGGAACCACAGACUCAAUAAAUCAAACUCAACUCCACAGAUGAAUUCAACAUAUUACAUCAUUUUCUUACAUGUUGUACACCUUGUUUUUUUUUUUUACUUGUUAUUUUCAUGUCCUAGUCUGCUUGUUGUUUUAAUGUCACUAUAAUACUUCAGUAUACUCAAACCUCAGUAAAACUAUUACAUACAGAA